GGUUUGGGAAUGAAUGCCACAUGUAUUGUGAAUUGAGCUAAUUGUGACUAAAAUGACAAUAUUAGUUAAUCGAUAUUUAUUUUUCAACCUAUAAAUGUCGCCAUGUCGUGCAUGCGUUACUCGAAUUCAGAUCGGACCAAACAGUUUCAAACAACUUAAAUAACCAACGAUGACGGAUAAAGGACUGCAAUACACUGAAGACUACACUACAGAUUUUGACCCACAAUCUUACCUUGAAAUCUUUGAAGAACCCAACCCCAACACAACCCGUGGGUUACAAACGUCAUUAAACUUGACGGCCUUCCACCACGCUUACGCCUCAGGUAUCAUCAAAGGGAAGACGCUCUUGGACAUCGGCACAGGUCCAUCAAUACUAAGCCUCAUCAGCGCCGCCAAACACUGUGACAACAUCUUUCUGUCGGAAUUCUGUCCGAGAAACAGGGAACUCCUAAAGCAGUGGCACCAUGGGUCUUUGAAAUCCCAUUUUGAAAAAAGCAUUGAAUUUGUACUCAAACUUGAAGGGAAAAGUGACAUUGAUGUUCCUGAGAGAGCGACAAGCAUUAGAGACAAGAUUUUGGGGAUUCUACACUGUGACAUCAGGAACGAGAACCCCUUUUCGCCAAACUUCCUUUCCUCAGUCGACAUCAUCACAUCAUCUUUCUGCCUUGAGACAGUUGCGACAGACCUGGCCUCUUAUGAAGGAUGCGCCAGGAAUGUGGUCGGUAUGCUGAAACCUGGUGGUUGCCUUGUCAUGGUUGGAUCUUUGGGAGGAACGUACUACACUGUUGGAGAAAAGACGUUCAGAUGUUUUGGGAUGUCGAUUGAUGAAUUGAAAUCAACAUGGCAGAAGGUUGGGAUUGAGAUAAUUUCCUGGUACGCGGUUACACGACCCGAAAUCGAGCCUGAGUUUACAGAUAUUGACGGCUGCUAUUGCAUGGUUGGGAAAAAGGUUCCAGAAACUUUGUGAAGUUUGCCUCUUCUUUUACAUGUACAGUAGGAUCAAGAAAUAUGUAUAUGUCAUGAUUAGUGCUUUGUCCAUCCCAAUGGCUUUAAAUUUAAAUCUCUGCUUAAUUCCUCAGACUGAGUAACCUUGCAACAAUUGUCACUGUUUAUUUAUCAUACAAUGAUGUUUAGAAAAAAUUACUCAUUCUGAAAUUAUUUCUACAUGUAUAUCUGUGGCCUCUUCAGUACAGAAAUAAAGACUGAUGAAUUAA